CCUGACCGGGCGGCUUUUUGGAUAUCCUGGGUCGUGGUGGUGGCGGCGGUGGUGGAAAACUUUACAUGUAGACUAGAAUAUAAGUUAAGACACAGACAAUUCCAAUCAACUCGCGACAAUCCUGAUAAAUGUAUCUAACUCCCGCAGUUUGCACUAAAAUCUAUAGAAAGCUGGUUUUCUUUCUUUAGUCUCCACUCGCCCUGUCUGAAAAUGGAUUCCAGAUAUAUUUUGGAGAAGUCGUCGGUUGGGACAAGGGUCGGUGUCGGAGGAGUGGAUUCCUGCCGGGCAGGCCGCUCCGUGCUCCACGACACCCGGGUCCCCACGGUAGAGAAAAACGGUCCCAUGCCGGUGUACACACACGGGCCCGUCCUUUACAAAUUCGUAGUGGACGUGGGCUCAGCGGCGGAGGUGAACGGCGAAAGAACCUCCUCAAAAGGGAACGGACUGUCUCCGGGUGGUCAAAUAUUGCACAUGGAAAAAACUGGCCGGGGGGACCAAAAAGACACUGGUUCCACUGGGAUCCUGAAGAGGGCCAGUCCCACUCACUGCCCAGUCAUAAAAGGGCAGUUGCAAGGCGGCUUCAUGCAUUUGGACAUCAACAACCCAGGGAAACAGGCAGAGCUGGCCAACAGCUUCAGGGCAGCACAAGUGCAGAACGUACCGCCGACAGAAAGACAGCCCCUCCCCUCUUCCCACAUCCCUGUCCCUAGAAACAGGAAGCCCUCAGGUCAUGCUGAUAAGGAGGUGAUGGCUGCCGCCGUCCUGACCUCACUGUCCACAUCCCCUUUGGUGCUCUACCCUUCCUCUGCAUCCACAGUCCCAGAGCCAGCCAACAGGGCUUGGAAAGAAGUGCUGUCAGCAAGCUACAGCAGUUCCACCAGUGGCAACUGGAGCUGGGAUGCCAGCGACCAAUCGGUGCCCUCCACACCGUCCCCACCUCUGUCCAACGAUACCAACAAGAACUUCCUGCUCUCAUCCCAGGGUGAUGAUGUCAGUGAGGAUGUCACAGAGAGCACGCACUUCAUGUUUGAGGACCCCAUACCUCGCAAACGAAAGAACUCCAUGAAGGUGAUGUUCAAGUGCUUGUGGAAGAACUGUGAAAAGGUCCUCAGCACCUCCUCAGGGAUCCAGCGACACAUCCGCACCGUCCACCUGGGGCGAAACAGCGACUCGGACUACAGUGAUGGAGAGGAGGACUUUUACUACUCAGAGAUUGAGGUCAACAUGGACAGCCUAACAGAGGGAUUGUCCAGCCUCACACCCACCUCCCCCACCACAGCCGGUCCUCCACCCGUCUUCCCGCCACCACUCACUGACGUCCCUCACUCCGAACACAUCAACAUGAACGGCUCACAGAGCCACGCCCCGACACUGCUCAGUCAAUCAGCUCCCUCCACACUCUGCCACAUCCGCACUGACCACGCCUACCAGGCCACUGCUCCAGUGAGUAUCCCAGUGGGUCCUGAGCUGGCAGGGUUAGGCAGUGGUAAAGGGACCGGGCCUGGAACUCGGACUGGGAACGGCAUCAGUGUGUCGUGGCAGUCCCCUCCUGUCAUUUUCAAAGGCGUCCCGGGGCCUGUGACUCACGUCCGAACAGUGAGCAUCGGUGAAAAGCGGCAGCCGGCAGCCAACACACACACCACUGUUAACAAGACCCAUGCUUUAAUAACGCCACCAGCCAAGUCAAUACCAGGAACCAGGAAACCCCGUGGGGAGGCAAAGAAGUGCCGAAAGGUGUACGGCAUGGAGAAGAGAGACAUGUGGUGCACAGCCUGUCGCUGGAAAAAAGCCUGUCAGAGAUUCACCGACUAAUCCAGUCCCCUACCCACGUCUGUGAGAUGAGCUCGUCCUCACUCAGAGCGACAGCGAUGUGGACUCUUCCACUGAGGGAGACGAGGGGAGAUUUUUUCACGAUGGAGCUCUCAGUGCUGCUUCCUCUGGCCCAGUAGGGGCUUUGCCUUCUCUCUUUUCCGUUUCCAAAAACAAAGAGAAAAUAAAACUGGUGGGUAAAAACAACUAAAAACUAAAUCAGCAAGAAAAAAAAAAACUUUAUGCAGGUUUGGAGACUUUUUCUAAGACUGAGACAUUUUCACUCUGUUGAUGAAUAAGGAAAAAAAGAAACAUUUAAAUUGGAUUCUGAACCUUCUGAUUUGAUUUUUGUUUCUCGCCAUUUCUCACGGCCUCAACUCAAGGCAAUGUUGAAAGACUACAGAUAAGCUUUUUGGUAUACUCUGUUUUUCAUUAUAGGAGCAUCAUGUAAGCUACUGUUUACGAGGUGGAUAAUGACUCUUAGGAGGUUCAAGGGUUAACACCAGAUUUGCUCAGUAAGACCUCUGUAGCAUAUCCGUUUUUCAUUGUCACUGUUUAAGGGACUUAAAACCUACCAAAGGCAAAAGACCUGUUCGCUUACAACUGACAGCUUAGGUGUAAGAUCAAUACCGAAUCUAACAUCACUGUCUUCUGCAGCCUUACUAGGUAUCGACUGUAUGUUUAAACACAUAUUGUUCCAUAUCUAACAACAUGUUCAUCAAUCACAUUCAGUACAGCCAGCGACACUUCUUGUAAUUUUCCAGAAAUGCACAAAAACUUCACACCAAGUGGUACAAAGAGUUUUUCCCUUGACUUUCCAAAAUAUUUUAGAGGGAUGUACACGAUAUAUGAAAUAUAUUUUCCCUAUAUAUUUCCCUCUCUUCUUUUCUAUACUUGUACCCUAAAGAUAUGCACCUUGAAGAAAAAGGUUGACUUUUAGAGUAUCACUGUAACCACAGCGAAUAACUGAGAGAGUCGAUAACUAUUUCUUAUACAGAGUUUAUUUUCAACAAUGAGUUGCUUAAGCAACUAGCAGUUGCACUGUGCAAUCAGCAGAAUUAGAGCAUUUUAAUAUUGUCUUUUUUGCUUUAUGGUUGUCAUUGUUAUUAGGGUGAUUGAGGCAGAAAUGCUCAUGUUUUCCUUUGACAGCUCAUGUUCUUAAAGAGAUUGUUUACCACAAUGAAUGAUACAUGAAUGAUAACUGCCCUUUGAAACUUUAACUUACGGUCUGACUGAUGUAAAUUAUGUAUGUAGGUAAAUAAUAUAGAGAUCGUAACCCAACAAUCACUACCUGAUAAUAAGUCAGGCAUUCUAAUUCAUUUCUUACAGUCUGAAAUGGACAGCUUAUCCACUCUUUAAUCUUUGGAAUAAUUAGCAUAAAGCAGCAGUGCAACAAUAUGUAGAUACCAAACCUAACUUCAUAGAAAUUGAGACUUUUCCUCAUGUUUUCACUAGAUGUGUUUAAUCCUUUAAAAGUAUCUUUCACUCUGGUCUGACAUUUUAAAAUGAAAAGUAAGAAUCAAAUUAAGUAAAAGUAGCAAAAGUUUUAAGAUGUUGUACCAAAGUGGUAUCGUACUUUUUAGAAUAAGACUGUAAUAGUUAAUGAUGGGUCAAGUUUUCCAAGCUUUAGAUGAGAUAUAGGUGGUAGAUUUUUAGAUAGUUAGAAAUUGUAAACUUUUUGAUCUAUCCCUGUCAUAUUUGUUUUUGUAGCAAUCUCCAGCAAUAUUGGCCAUCCUAAGAGAAUUGCACCCUUUAAUGUUAAAAUCCAAUUUUUUACUUGCCUCGUAUCUCUAUAUCUCCAAGAUAUAAAACAAAAAGAGGUAGAAAACAUUCAAAGACGUCAGAAGCAAUCUUACAACUCUGUUUUCUAGAAAUAGUUAUAAGAUAUCCUCUUCUGCGACACAGGAGGGUUUCCAUAAAAGAAAAACAGUGAAAUUAGAACAUAAUGAUGAUCUAUUAUUGGUGAUAUUAUUAAUGGAAGUAGAAGAUUGAACCACACAUCAGUGGUCAUAAUUAAGAAUGUUUUUAAGUAAUUCCUGCAUUGAAAAAUUUCCACAAGAGUUGAGCUUUUUUUUAUUUCCCCCUCAUUAGUAAUGUACAGUUGGUGUUAACCUGCUCUGAGUCGACUCAGUCACACUUCAGAUUUAAAUAACUGUGAUAAAGACAAUACUGGGCUUUUUAAGAUGAUAACCUGCUGCCCAUACCCAACCAUAUAGUCCAGUCAAUUAAUUUAUUUAUAUAGCCCAAAAUCACUAAUUUGCCUCAAGGUGCUUCACAGUCUGUACCACUUAAGACAUCCUCUAUCCUUAGACCUACAAUCCACAGAAGGAAAAACACCACAAGAGGAAAAAAGACCCUUUAACAGGUUUUUUUCUGAUCUGCUCACAUAGGCAGUCAUGACAGUAGAUGUAUAUUUUUUGAAGAGAUUCACCUUUGCGCUGUGUGUUAGCAGCUUUCUGAAUGUAGGUUCUGCUGUGUGUUCUCUACUUUUGAAGCGCUCCUGACACUGAGCUUACCUGAUCACCAUAGUAACUUAUCACACACACACACACACACACACACACACACACACACACACACACACACACACACACACACACACACACACACACACACACACACAUACACAUACACACACAGUGCCUGUCCUUCCCUGUGUGAGCAGGCCAACUUUGAGCAGACGCCUUGACUGAGGAUCAGUGCGACUUCUCAGACCUCUGUCGCCAUAGAAACACCUGCACUGUCCUCUGUCACCACAGGGUCAUUUGCGCUGUCUGCUGUCGGCCGACACCACGUUACAAGUGACCAGUUAUCACUUCUCGAUGAAAGACGAGAAGCAGAUGCCUGAUUGCUCAUUGCAUGCUUGAAGUCAAUGGGCAGAAACAUUAAGCACACAUGGUUGCUGUGAUAGUACUGCUUAAUAUCUCAUUCAGUUCCUGUUAUAAACCACCAUAUUGUUUUGAAAAUUACUGAUCCUGCCUGAAAAGUGUUUAUUCCAGUGGCAUCCCAGAUAAGCUAGGCCUCCCUCUCUCUCAGCUUGUGAGAGCAGGCGGCAGGCCUCUUCCGAUCAGAAACUUCACAAAGUGCCAAUGAAAAGAACAUAAAAAGGAAAAAGGUAUACUGACCUAAUGAAAUUGCACUAUGUUGCACUGCGCAAAGACAUGUUUUUAUACAUGGACAUUUUAUAUACAAAUUUUGAAGUGAAAGGAUUUUCUUUUUUCGAGUGGGUGGGCGGGAUGUCGUCACUGCCCGAUGGAAUAAAUGGGGUGUCAGGGAUCGGGGUUCUGUACCUCUGGGGUCCCCCAUUAUUAGCAAGUGAUCUUGACAGUUAGUGUCUUUCUCUCUGUGUCAGAUUUAUCGUACUAAACAUAGUGGUGCUGGCAGUCACAGAAGUGUGGUACUGAGAAGUACAGUGUGGUACUUAGGUAGUCAGUCACUUUGCCUUUUCCUUGGAGGAGUGCCAAGGGCCGAAAACAGCACCUGCCUUGUCUCAGUGAUAGGAAAACACCGGUCUCAGUCAGCAGCUACACGUUAUCGUCUUGAUAGCAGAUGCUUCACAGUGUUUAAUUGCCUGGAGUUUUUUCACAAUACACACUUUUUUUUUUUUUUUUAUCCGUAAAGCUCAUCUUUGUGCUUUCUUUACUUCAAUAAAAAAAGAAAAAAAAAAACAGGUUCAUGCUUCUUUACAUUUUACUGAGCUGAGGUGGUAACUGUAGAUACUGUUAUUAGUGCUGGAUACCACUUUUGAUUCUGUUAUCUCUGGUUUGGUCAUAGAUCGAGUGUCAAAUGCAACCCAUCAGCUCUCUCUCUCUCUCUCCAUCCUCAGUGUAAGCACUUUUAGAUUCCACCAGCAGGGUUAGAGGCCAAUGCUUUUGCUGGCAGUGAAUGGGACUGUUAGCACAUGUUAAGCUAACAGGCUCAUGUGGUUGUUGGCCACUAUUCCACCUUUUUUUUUUUUCUUUUUUUCGAGUUGCACUAAACUGGCCCGUGAAGAUUAAAACCCAGGCUGCAUCAUUAGGAGCUCGGCUCGGCUCGGCUGAGUGCGGCUUGGGUCAUCGUGGCCUGAAAGAAACUCUGGGUACAAAGUUGCUCUUGUGUACAGAUCUUGGACAAGAGAACUUUAUUGGUGAAUUUUUGCAAAAUAGAUCAACGAUUAAAAACUUUCACAUAGUAAACGAGAGAUGGAGAUUGAAGUUGACUUCAUGGGUGUGCAGGGAAACUGGGGAUUGACAGUAGAUGGAAAGCAGACACGAGAUGUGCAGUGACGAUGUAGAUGGAUUUGCAGUUUCAGGGCUUUCUUGUACAUAUGCAACAAAAGAGAACCGUGAGGCUUUUUCAUAUAUUGUUGUUUUUGUUGUUGUUUCUCUGUUAUAUGAAAAGGAAACUUUUUUUACAGUACAGUUGCUCAGAAUAUUUUUCUUUCUUUUUUUUUUUUCUUUUUUUUUUUUUUAAAAAGUCGAUUGAGAAGCUAUAGUGAACAUAACACAUAAAGAUUCAAUGUAUAUUGUAGCUUAGAGGCAAAGGGGAGAAAAACAAAACCCGUUGAAUGUAUAAAACCUACAAAAAUAAAAAGUCUUUUCUGUUGUUUUAUUUGCUGGCUAGUUUGUACCGCCUGUAGUCAACCAGUAGCGCGUCCUGAUUUUUGAUAUCCAAAUCUUUUAACACCCACUGACAGCUGUCGCCACACUGCUAAUUCAUAACACAACCAUGCAGUAUUGCUUUACUAUCUUACUUUGUGCAAUGAGAUGCUUUAUAAUGGAACAAGAACUAACUUGAGCUUUUUUGGUGACAUCUGGGCAACUCGCUCACACUGUUGCUGUUCGUCUUUUGUCUUUCUCCCCGCCAAAUAGUACUAUUUUUUUUUUUUUUCUCGGAAUGUGUGUCGUUGUUGUGGAUGUUGUUUGUGGUUGUGACGUUAAGUUGUUGUUAGGCAGGAUAACCAUCAACCUUUGGUCAUGAUGAAAAUUGUAACCUUGUGGAAAUCUUUAUCCUGCCGUGCACAUUCCAACAGACAGCACGCUUCUAGUGUCUUCCACUUGUUUCCCAAUAGACAUAUCCUUCCCAUUUCCUUCUCACUACAGUGAUUCUUCUCCGAUCACCUUGUCCUUUUCCAUUUCCUGUUCUUGUGCUAUCCAGCUUUACUGUGGUCCCACCCAAGCCUUUACCCAGUAUAUUAAGCUAAACUAAACCCUUGAAAUGUGCAUUAAAAAAAAAAGCCUUUGUUUUUUCCAAAUAUGUCAAAAUCUAUGUGCUGCUUUCUUGAAUGUCAGUUUUCAUUUGUGCGUAAACCAGCAGCAGCAAAGCCAAUAGAUCUCCUUCCAAAUCAAAUGUAAAUGCAUUGCAAUGGCAGCUCCACUCAGUUUUCGGCUUUUUCUACUGUGCUCUUAUUGUUUGUCCAGGCUUUUACCCUCUGUGCGUCAGAUCUCUCAUUUCAUGACCAUUUUUUUUCCCCUGUUGUGUUUUUACUGAGCCUUACACUGGCCGGUGUGAAAACUGACUUUUGCUAUGUUUUUUUUUUCUCAUUGAUUGAUUGAUUGAUUGAUUGUCUGGCUGAGUUUGAGGUUGUUUUGCAUGUCUAGCAUCGCUCAAUUUUUUUCCUGUUUGUUUUCUUGUUAGGAGAUACAACACUGAAGGGUUUUAUGUGUUAGAUUUCCCCUUUCAGAAACUGAUAACCCAAGGCUGAUUAAGUUUGUUUUCCUCUAAAUGUAAAGAUGAUCAUCGCAGCCCAGCGCACACACAUACACACGUACAGCGCUAAAAGCAUUUUGAGGGAAACGUGAAAUCAGCCUUGGGUCUUCACUGGAGGGCAAGAUUUCUCCUGUGUGUGGGCUCAGCCUCUGGUCUUCAUCAGCAGUCCCACGCACAUGGGGGAAGCACUUUCUGAGGAGUGGUGCACUCAGAGUAUUUGUAUGAAUGUCAAGCCUAUGAGUAGUGCUUGGAAAGAUGGAUGACCAUGUAUGAUGCUGAUAAUGUGAUCUAUGUGAUGUAAUGUGACAGAAAGAAAAUAAACCUGAAUGGAAGACG